CACUACUCGGCAGCCACGUUUCUACUUUCCUUUUCCGCUUUUCUACUCUUCUCCCAAACAAACCCCUAUAUAUAUAAUUCCCUCUUCCUCCCUCUCUUUUAUUCAUAUAGCCCAAAAACUACUGAACUUCUCUCUUCUAAGAAAUUGUUUGUGCGCAAAAUACACUGUGAUAAAAAUGGAUGGGAAAAAUGCUCUUUGGAUCGGAUUUCUCUGCAUUAUCGUCGCCGGUGUAGGGGGUCAAGCUCCUGCCACGUCACCCACUACUAGCCCCGCACCACCAACAUCCACUACCCCUACACCUACCGGUUCUCCACUUCCGGCUACUUCAUCUCCACCUCCUGCAGUAAGUUCACCUCCUCCAUCUGUAUCUUCUCCACCGGCUUCUUCACCACUACCUUCCGCUUCUCCUCCUCCACCAGUGAGCGCUCCACCACCAGCUACUCCUCCACCAGUGAGUGCUCCACCACCAGCUACUCCUCCACCUGUGAGCACUCCACCUCCAUCUCCUCCUCCACCGGCAGCGGCACCUGCACCGGUUGCAACUCCACCUGCUUCAGCUCCGGCUCCUACUCCGACUACAAAAGUAGCCACAUCUCCAGCUCCUUCGCCGGUUGGUUUGUUGAGUCCUCCUGCACCACCUCUGGGUGCUCCGUCACCGAGUGGUUUCUCAGGUUUAUCUCCUGCUCCAUCAGCCCCUGAUCAGAGUGGAGUGGAGGGCAAUAUGAGAUUUUCAAAUAUGAUUAUGGGAAGUUUGGUGUUUGGAUGGGGUCUCCUCUGCUUGCUGAUUUAGAAAUCUCUAUGUGAUUUUGUGCUAAAUUUGCUUUUGCCAUUAUAUUUUAUAUUAUUAUGAAAUACCAUCAUUUUAGCUUAUUAGUAGGAUGAUGAUGGUUUUAUUUUUCCCACAUGUACUUGGAUUUUAUAUUCACUUGGAUUCUUUUUGGAGGUUUCUUGUUGAGGGAAAUUUAUUUUUGUUUUGGGACUCAAA